UCCUCAAAAUCAAAUCUAACCCAAAACCCAAAUCGAAAAAAUAAAUAAAAAUAAAUAAACAAAUUUGGGAAUUUUACGACCGCAUCUCUCUUCCUUUUCCGUUCCAUUUCUCUCCAGCUGCGUCAUAGAUCCAGUCCAGUUCCAGGCAAGGAAGUUUCUUUCUUUUUUGGUUGCUGCAUGACAUGGUCACCCAUAUAACAUAUAUUCAAGGGAGCAUUCUCGAAUUUGGUGUAUCUGAUGAUUCAUAAUAGUGCUAUUGUGCUUGGCCUGCACCAUAAUGAGCACCUUUCUGAUCAGAUGUCUGGUGCCGUUGCCCUUUUACCUUCUACUGCUGUACAUUCUAAUGAAUCAAAGCAAAGCUCUAAGUCCUGAUGGUGAGGCGCUUUUAAGCUUUAGGAAUUCAAUUGUUAGUUCAGAUGGCGUCCUUCGUCAAUGGAGACCAGAGGAUCCUGACCCAUGUGGUUGGAAAGGAGUGACAUGUGAUUUAGAAACCAAGAGAGUAAUAUACUUGAAUCUUCCUCAUCACAAGUUGAGUGGAUCAAUUUCACCUGAUAUUGGGAAGCUAGAGCUCUUGAAGCUUUUGGCUCUUCAAAACAACAACUUUUAUGGAACGAUUCCUUCAGAAUUGGGAAAUUGCACAGAGUUGCAAGCAUUAUAUUUGCAGGGCAACUACUUAAGUGGAUUAAUUCCUAGUGAGUUGGGUAGCCUUUUAGAGCUUAAAGAUCUGGAUAUUUCAAGCAAUUCUCUCAGUGGAUAUAUUCCUCCAUCACUUGGGAAGUUAGACAAGCUCUCAACUUUCAAUGUGUCAACCAAUUUUCUGGUUGGACCAAUACCAUCUGAUGGUGUACUCACCAAUUUUUCUGGGAACUCCUUUGUCGGAAAUCGCGGUUUGUGUGGGAAGCAGAUUAAUAUCACCUGCAAAGACGACAGUGGAGGGGCUGGAACAAAAUCACCUUCCAUUUUAGACCAAAACCAAGUUGGGAAGAAGAAAUACUCUGGCCGACUACUUAUAAGUGCAUCAGCAACAGUGGGUGCACUGCUUUUGGUGGCACUUAUGUGCUUUUGGGGCUGCUUUCUUUAUAAAAAAUUUGGUAAAAAUGAUGGCAGGUGUCUUGCAAUGGAUGUUAGUGGAGGUGCAUCAAUUGUUAUGUUUCAUGGAGACCUGCCAUACUCUUCAAAAGAUAUCAUCAAAAAGCUGGAGACAUUGAAUGAGGAACACAUAAUUGGUUCAGGUGGCUUUGGAACAGUGUACAAGCUUGCCAUGGAUGAUGGCAAUGUGUUUGCUUUGAAAAGAAUUGUAAAGAUGAAUGAGUGCUUUGAUCGUUUUUUUGAGAGGGAGCUUGAAAUUCUUGGAAGCAUAAAACACAGAUACCUGGUGAAUUUGCGAGGAUAUUGCAAUUCUCCCACCUCCAAAUUGUUAAUUUAUGAUUACUUACCUGGCGGUAGCCUGGAUGAGGCUCUUCAUGAGAGAUCAGAGCAACUAGACUGGGAUGCACGCUUGAAUAUUAUCAUGGGAGCUGCAAAAGGACUAGCCUACCUGCAUCAUGAUUGUUCCCCUCGGAUUAUACACCGUGACAUAAAGUCGAGCAACAUCUUGCUUGAUGGCAAUUUGGAGGCUCGAGUAUCUGACUUUGGACUUGCUAAAUUGUUGGAGGAUGAGGAAUCUCAUAUUACAACCAUUGUAGCAGGAACUUUUGGUUAUUUGGCUCCAGAGUAUAUGCAAAGCGGUAGAGCAACAGAGAAAACCGACAUUUAUAGUUUUGGGGUUCUGAUGCUUGAAGUAUUGGCUGGGAAGCGACCCACUGAUGCUUCGUUCAUUGAAAAGGGCCUCAACAUUGUUGGCUGGUUGAAUUUUCUGGUUACAGAAAAUAGGCAACGGGAGAUUGUUGAUCCACAAUGUGAAGGGGUCCAGUCAGAAAGUCUUGAUGCCCUGCUCUCGGUCGCCAUCCAGUGUGUAUCUCCAGGACCUGAGGAUCGCCCAACCAUGCACAGGGUGGUCCAGAUACUUGAAUCUGAAGUCAUGACUCCAUGCCCUAGUGACUUUUAUGAUUCCAACUCAGACUGAGAGCCCUCUGGGAGACAAAGAAGACAUGCUUUUGUUCAUAUUCCAUGUUAUUACAGCUUCUCCCAACAAACUAGGAAGGUUAUGCAUGCCAUGAGGGACUCAAAAUCUGCAAGGUUUCAUCCUCCACUUCAUUUAUUCAUUUCUUUUGCAGAUGUAUGACAACUAGAAGAUGCCUUAUUCCAUCCAUCCAUUCAUUUAUAUGCCUUGUUCCAUCCAUCCAUUCAUUUAUCACCAAAAUCCAAGCACCUGAUCAGCCACCAAUGGGAUUCAAGGUAAAACAGCCUACUUUUGUUAUCCUCAUUUUGCAUGGAUUGCAUGCAGACUUUCCUUUCUCAACCUGAAUGAAUUUUCCACUUGUGGUAUGCUUUAUCCGUUUCUCCUUAUAUUUAUUUUCCCCUCUUUGGUAAUCUUCUCUAGCAAUUGUUCUCUCAAAUUAAAUGUAUAAAAACAUGUACAAAUUGAAACCUCCAUUUUAGACCAAUCCUUGUUUAUGCCAUUUUUGUAAAAUAUGUUUCCUUUGCUAUAGUCAAUUCCUUGAAUCACUCUACGAGGCUCAAAACUCCUAUAUGAUUAUUUGACUUGGGGUUGUAACUAUUACAUUUGCCUUCAAUUCUGUCUAGUUUUCCACAGGGAUUUUGCAAGAUAUUGUUCCAUUUGAUCCAUCUACAUCCAUGUCUUUUCUGUUCUA